AUGGCUGAGGUCUCUGGGUCACCUGGCAAAGCACGGAAGUCGGCGCAGACGCUUCCUUCUUGCUUCCGUUGCUUUCGCCUUCCUUCUCUGUCUUCUCUCUUUCACCUUCUGGAAGGGAACUGGGGAGGCAAAGAGAGAAGCAAGACCAACGCAGAGAGACUCACCGGAUACAUAGGGUGCGUUGUGGCUGCACAGACCUUUUACGGCUGUGUCGCCGAAGCAGAAAACAAGGGGGAGAUGGCUUCCUUCUCUUCGCUAGACUGUUCCUUUGCAGCCAGCGUCUGCGUUCUUCUGCGCUCUACACUCUCCAAGGAUGGCGGCUGACUUGCGCGACGCUCUUCUUCC